AUGUCGCAAGGAUGGAAGAAUUUUAUGAGCCGAGGAUUGGUCUGUCCGAACACACCUCCAUCGUCCAGCACAGUGAGCAUGUCCAGCAAGGCCGUCAAGGAUCUCACCGCAGGCACCGCCGGGGGCAUUGCUCAGGUGCUCGUGGGGCAGCCAUUUGACAUUGUCAAAGUCCGUAUGCAAACAGCCCCGAAAGGGACGUACAGCGGCAUGAUGCACUGUGCUGGGGGUAUCCUGAAGAACGAGGGGCCGCUUGCGUUCUACAAGGGUACCCUCACACCUCUUCUCGGAAUUGGACUGUGUGUAUCAAUCCAAUUCGGCGCGCUGGAACACGCCAAACGCGUAUUCGCGGCCCAAAAUAUUGCUCGAGGACAAGGAGGCGAAGGAGGCAAGACCCUCUCAGGCGAACAGCUCUUCCUCGCAGGAAUCUACGCCGGGCUGGCAAAUGGCGUUGUCUCGGGGCCCGUAGAGCACAUCCGUAUCCGUUUACAAACCCAAUCCAAUACCAACCCUCUGUACAACGGACCUUGGGACGCCAUCAAGAAGAUCUACGCGCAACGAGGUAUCGCCGGGAUCUACAAGGGCCAGGCUGUGACGCUCCUCCGCGAGGCCACGGGCUAUGGCGUGUACUUCCUCACGUACGAGAAGCUUGUCCAGCGGGAGAUGGCGAAGAAGGGCAUUCGUCGGGACCAGAUCAACCCUGCCAAUGCUGUACUGUAUGGUGCGACGGCUGGGUAUGCUCUCUGGGCCAUCAUAUACCCAAUUGACAUGAUCAAGUCCCGAAUGCAAACGGACGGAUUCACGCCUGAGACUGGCCAGAAAUACAAAUCGACAUUGGACUGUGUUCGGACCGUAUGGCGUACCGAGGGUAUCGGGGCAUUCACCCGCGGUCUUGGACCUACACUAAUCAGAUCGCCGUUCGCCAACGGUGCCACCUUCCUCGGAUUCGAAAUGGCCAUGCGUGUUCUGGACAAGCUAUAA